CACGUCCGAGCCGCGCGUUCCGUUGCCUCUCCCGGAUUGGUCCACCCCAAUGCGGUCGGCCGCCACCAACUUGGCAGACACGUAAGCCCCCUCGCAGCUCACAACUGACUCGGAAGAACACAUCGCAAAACGCAACCUAUAUAAACGCUCGCGACUCACCAGAAAAUAUCCAAGCCGCCUCACGCACAGAUCCACCGACUCGGAAGCGGAAGGGGCAAUUCACAAGGCGUCUCGGCCCGUUCGGAGAUGAAGCAUUUGAGGGAACAGGAGGAGGUGUCGUUGGCGCUCUCGCUGAGCACGGACUCGUCCGCGACGUCGGACUCCUCCGCUGCGGCGCCGGCGGCGAAGCGGGCGCGGCGGAGGGGCCCGGUGGUGGCGACGUCGGGGGAGGGAGACUUCAUCUGCAAGACCUGCAGCCGCGCCUUCACCUCCUUCCAGGCGCUCGGCGGGCACCGGACCAGACACCUCCGCGGUCGCCACGGCCUCGAGCUCGGCGUCGGCGCCAAGGCGCUGAAGCUGCACAAGGCCGACAAGGGGGCGAGGCAGCAGCAGCACGAGUGCCACAUUUGCGGGCUCGGGUUCGAGAUGGGGCAGGCGCUGGGCGGGCACAUGAGGAGGCACCGCGAAAAGAUGAGCGGCGCCGACGCCGCAGACGAGUGGGUCUGGCGCAGCGUCUCACGCCCGGAGGAGGUCGGGCACGCCGCCGAUCCGCCAGUCUUGCUCGAGCUGCUUGCUUAGGUCCGAUUAAUUGCUCUCAAUCUGGGCUAACGCAGCGUCAUUAAUCCAGGAGUAUUAACUUGUAAAUGAUGGAGUAUUUUGUCUUUAGAUUUUAGGGAAAACAGGUGGCUUUUGUAAGUAUGCUAAGAUCCGAGUUUUGGUUCAGUAGUAGUUCGGUUCUGAUCGGAUCGAGUUGGAAUUUGGAUAUCACUGAUUUCAGUUGUAGGACAAUUGUUUGGUUCAUUCGUUCCUCUUUUGUAUUGCAAUCUGCUAUUGGUGUCAAAACUUCUACACGAUUGAUCAAUUUAAGCCAUCAAAUUGUUCUUCCA